AUUCUUCCUGCUUCGCUACGCAGCCAUCUGCUUUGUGUUGUCAUUGCCACAUUUUUCACUUCAGAUCAUCGCUGUCGACUUUUGUUUGCUUGGUAUCUUGUGAGUAUCGAGAAUUAGUGGCGCUCUCGAAUUUCUGGUUUUCGAUUUUUUUAUUUUUGUUUUUAUGAUUCCGGGUUGAUUGUGGUGGUUGUUUGUAUGAGUAGUACGCCAGCUAGGGGAAAUUGAAUCUCGUACUUGCCGUAGUCUGGGGUUUGAUUCGAGACUUGUUUGAAGGAUUUCGGGGUUUUGUUAGUGAACACUCAUUUUGGCUGUGGGUUUUCGAGGAGUUGGAGUUCUGAGGUCGAUUGUAGCUCGGUGUGCAGGACGAGUGGGGUGGGUAACCUAGAAUUUAUGUAUGCUAGGAAGGCUGCCUAAUUGGAAUCGGCAGGUAGGGUUUCUGGACGUAUGGGCUCAGUCUUCGAGACUGAUCAUCAAUGCCGGGCCCAAGGGUGUCCAGUGUAGGUUCUUAGCAGGAAGAGGAGUUUCAGUGUGUGAACACAAGAAACACUUGCGUAAAGAGUUGUUCUUCGAGAAAUUUCCUGAGGUACUUAGAAGGUUUCUGCGGAAUUCGCCGGAGCGAGAACAGGUCCUCGAACAUAUACCCCCUUUCGCCAAUCUGGCGCAGAAGAUUGGAAAGUCGGUUCGACGGCCUGGAGCGAUGUCCAAGGCCCGGGUGUAUACGGAUGUGAAUGUUCAGCGUCCAAAAGACUAUUGGGAUUACGAAGCUCUUACAAUUCAAUGGGGCGAUCAAGAUGACUAUGAAGUAGUUCGGAAGAUGGGGCGUGGUAAAUACAGCGAGGUAUUCGAAGGUAUCAACACUGUUAACAAUGAGCGUUGCGUUAUCAAAAUUUUGAAGCCAGUGAAGAAGAAAAAGAUUAAAAGAGAAAUCAAGAUACUUCAGAAUUUGUGUGGAGGUCCCAAUAUCGUGAAGCUGUUUGACAUUGUCAGAGACCAGCAGUCUAAGACUCCCAGUCUUGUUUUUGAGUAUGUAAACAACUUAGACUUCAAAGUGCUGUAUCCGACGCUGACGGACUAUGACAUACGGUACUAUAUUCACGAGCUCUUGAAGGCCUUGGACUACUGUCAUUCGCAAGGGAUAAUGCACCGAGACGUCAAACCACAUAAUGUGAUGAUUGAUCAUGAACAGCGAAAAUUAAGAUUAAUAGAUUGGGGGCUUGCUGAAUUCUAUCAUCCCGGAAAAGAGUAUAACGUGCGCGUUGCGUCUAGGUACUUUAAGGGCCCAGAGUUACUUGUCGAUCUCCAAGACUAUGAUUAUGCCUUGGAUAUGUGGAGCUUGGGAUGCAUGUUUGCUGGCAUGAUUUUCCGCAAGGAGCCGUUUUUCUAUGGCCACGACAAUUAUGAUCAACUUGUGAAGAUUGCAAAGGUUUUAGGCACAGACGAGUUGUAUGCUUACCUUAACAAGUACCGGUUGGAAUUGGAUCCCCAUCUCGAGGCGUUGGUUGGAAGACAUAGUAGGAAGCCCUGGUCAAAGUUCUUAAAUUCUGACAACCAACAUUUGGUUGCUCCUGAGGCAGUAGAUUUCUUGGACAAGCUUCUGCGGUAUGACCAUCAAGAAAGGCUUACUGCCAGGGAAGCUAUGGCUCAUCCCUACUUCUAUCCUGUUCGUUCCAUGGAAGCAAGUAACCGUCGCAGUACUUGAGUCAAGGAUCUUCCAUAUUCAACACGCGCAGGCAAUUAUCUUAUCUGGUGCACGCAACACAAGUGGAUCUUUCAAAUCUGGUGCCAGACAAACAUUAGGGUGGCGAAGGUUUGUCGAUGAAUCCUUGUGCUAGGUUAUACACCCACGUGUCUUGUUUCUCCUCUGGAGUUAAUGGGCUGUGGCAGGAAGUAGUUCAUUGUAUCGAUCCGGUGGAGUAGUACGCAUGUAGACUAUUUUUCUCGGCCCUGGAUUUGCUAAUGGGUCAGGGAUAUGUCUCUUUCUUCUGUCGACCGAAGAAGGUCACCGUGCAUUAUCAUAGCAAAGAGUGAAUUUGUAGGAGCCAUGAACUUAGCAGGCGCAACGGAGGGUUGACAGAAAACUUCAUCUUUGUCAGCGAUUGCUCAAAAAAAAAGGGCGAAUGAAGGGCUUAUUUUCUGAA